AUGAAUAUUCUUCCCAAGAAGUCGUGGCACGUCGGCAACAAAGAUAAUGCGGCUCGCGUACGAGGGGGCGAAGCGGAGGCUGAGGUUCAGCGGCAAAAGAGAGAGGCCCGAAUCCUGAAAGCUGAAAAGGAGUUUGACGCCCGGACCGAAUUCUUACGGAAGAAAGCACGUCUGUCAGAAGGUGAUAAGAGUGGCUCAGAACUUGUUUCUUUGGAUUCAGAAAAGUCCUCAGGGCAUCUUAACCUCUUUCAGGGGUCGCAAGAGAGUGGCAACAAAGAAUAUGAAGAGGAGAAGAAGCAGGAAAAGGAACGAAAAGAAAAAGCUCUAGGAAUCCUGACUUAUUUGGGCCAAAGUGCAGCAGAGGCUCAAACAUCCCUUCCAUGGUACCAGGAGCUGCCAGAUCGUAGCAAAAUCAAUGCCAAAGAUGAGAAACUUAAGGGAAGGCUGGACCCCCUGGCUGAGAUGGGGAAACAUUUAUACAAGAAAAAGUGCUCUAAUAAAAAGGGAGAAAAGAAAGAAAAAGGAAAACCAAAGCACAGCGAAAGCAAAGGAAACCUAGCACUUAGGUGCCCAUCUUCUUCCCCAUCAUGCUCUGUGGAGCAGCUCCGCCAGGAAAGGUUGCAGAGGGAACAGGCAGAACGAGCUCGAACCGAAUCUCUUCUUGCCCAGAGAUCUGGAAUGGGUCCACGCCGGGAGGAAGAAGAGGAAAUGGAUGAAAGGAAACGUGGCUACAACUCACAGUUCAACCCCCAGCUGGCAAGACAGAGCAGUGAAAGACAGUCGAAUUGAGUGGGUAUAAAGCAGGAAAUCUGGUUAGUCAAACCUAAGUUCUUCAGCUGAAAAUGUUGAGUGCAAAAUGCUUCAUAGAAUUUCUGGCCGCAGAAUUUCUGAUUGUACAGCUGUAGAAUUUAAUUUGAUUUUGCACUUAAUAACUGCAGCUAGAUUGUUGGUGGC